CAUCUGUCAUCGGUUGGACAGUGACAAGAGCGCAGCUCUCGAAGAAACAAAUCUUGGUCAACGCGUUUUUUCUUGCGUUUCUUGGAUGCGGUAACCGGCGCGAUGGAGAGCGACUGUACGGAUUGACUUAAUCUAACUUAAUCUGACCGAACUGUCGGUAAUUCACAGAAGAUACGCGGCUGUCUUUUGGAUUUUCAUGGCAAGUUAGCCAACCAGUUUCGUGUGCCAUGUGGGAGUAAACCUUCCAGGAAGGUGUCAUGCUAGCCACACAGAUGCCAGAUACGCCACCCGAGGCUAAAGAUGUUAAACAGAUCAAAGAGAGGCUGGCCCAGUCACUCAAGGCCCUGCAGAAGCGAUACGUAACGUCAGACGAUGUGGUCACCAGUGAAGAUGGGGACGCAAACCUCCUCUGCUGCGCCCUGGAGGCCAUCUUCAUCCACGGCAUCAAGAGCAAGUACGUCCGCACAGAGUCUGGGGGACGAAGUAGAAAAGGAGACAGAGGGCCGCUCCCCCAGCCUUUCUUCUGGAGCCUCCUCAAGAGUGUCACCCACCGUGAUGUGAUCACCGAGCUGGAGAAGAUCAGCUUCGUGGGCACGGACGUGGGUCGCUGCCGAGCGUGGCUGCGGCUCGCCCUCAACCACGGGCUGCUGGAGUGCUACCUCGCCUCGCUGUUCCGGGAGGACUCCGAGCUGAGGGCCCACUAUCAGCCUAGUGCCUUGCUCCUGAACACCGAGGAGCGGGAAGUCCUGCUCAGCUACCUCCAGGGUUUGGCUUCGCUCACUUUCAGCCUGUCUUACAAAUCAGCCGUCCUCAACGAGUGGACCACCACACCGCUGGCUCUUGCUGGACUCUGUCCUGUGCUCCAGGCGGAAGUACUCGACCUGCCCGUCAAUGGCGGAGACCUUCACAACUCCAAGCCCACAUACAAAGAAUCAUGGGAUACAGCGUCUCAGUCUUCGAGCUCGUCGGAUGCACUGGAUAUGCAGCGGUGUCCAGUGGUGAUGUUGGCGAGAGGGUCGAAUGUGUUACAAGGCGGUGGGAAUGCACUCAACUCGUCUAAUUUGAGCCUGGACACCACAGGCUCCUCGCAGCUCUCCUCCAGCUUGAGCUCCGACAGCCUCCUGCAGGGUCAGGACCCCCGCAGCCCCACAGGAGAGCAGUGGUCUUCAUAUGACCUGGAGGCACCCAUUAGCACCCAGAAGCCACAGAAAGAUUCUCAGAAUGAGUUUCGGGAGAGCGGCCACUGCAGCCAGGACUCCAUGCGGGAGGACUCGUUUGUCUCCAGCACGGGUCCGGAUCAGUUCUCAGAGACGGCCAUCUUCAGCAGCUCUGACAGCGAGACCCACGGUCCCCCUACACCAUCCCAAGACCAACCCCCAAACUCUGUCCUGCCUGAUUCAGAGCCACCACCACCAUCUGAGGAGACCACGUUAACGACACCACCACCAUCUGACCACGUUAACGACUCCUCUUCCGAAGUGUGCAUAAGUGCCCCUUCUGAGUUACACUUGGACACGGACAUGGUCCCGACAGUCAGUGAGCCUGAAGAGAAAGUACAAACGACUGGUACUGAGGAGAACACUCCGCCGGUCCAGGAAGAGAAAGAAGCCGAGACCACGGAGAAGAACACCAAGGAGCCUUCAGUACAUCAACCACCGCGUCGCUCUACCAGCAUCCUGAGCAGGAAGCUGUCCUCAGAUUCUCUAUCAAAUUCUCAUUCCUGGAUCUCUGAGGACGACAUCUACAAGCCCCAUCUGGAGGAGGUGUCGGACCACGAGGAGGCGCCUCCUCCUCCUGCUCCCACAGCUGAGAUCAAGGUGCCUCAGUCGGCUCCCAGUGUCAUCCAUCGAAGACAAAUAGGGCAGGCCAACCCGUUUCGUGGCUUGCUGAAACUCGGUCAUCUAGAGCGACGCAGUGCGAUGGGGUUGUGGCGGGACUACUACUGCGAGCUGUCCCCAUUCGAGUUCCGCCUGUAUCUCAACGCAGAGGAGCGGACUUGUUGUGACAACUGCUCCCUGUUGCGAUGUGAGGACGCUCGCAUCACCUCGUCUGAGGGCCGCUUUGAGUUAAGUUUCCCUGGGAAGCGACUGUUCCUCCGAGCAGGGAAUCGUGAUGAAGCUGAGGACUGGGUGGACCGGAUAGUGGAGGCGGUCAACAAAUGCCGACCAGCUUCCCAUGCUGAUGACCAUUGGGAGGUGCUGCAACCCUACAGUGAGAAUGGUGUGGAUGUGGCGUCCCCGACUUCCUCUCCCUCCAGCCCAGAGCGAUUGUCGUCCUCUGACACGGGGACAUCUGGAGGACAGGAGGCUCCUCCUCCUCCUACACAGGAGUUUAACUGGACUCGCACUGCUGACGUGGAAAAAGAUGCCAUCAAAGAAGCCGUGUUGUACUUCUCUGUAGACCCUGAGGCUCGGACAUGGGUACCGCUUGUCUUCUCUCUGUCAUUGGAGGCCUUGAAAGGCUUUCGGGUACAAGAGGGAAGGAAGCUGCUGCGGCAAACCCACUCUAUCGAGGAAAUUCGAGAUGUGGUGCCUGACGUGUCUCUGGGAGGACCGGCCUUCUUCAAGCUCCUGACUGUCAAGGACACGCUCCGACUCAGGGCAGAGAACGCGGACGAGGCUCGCACAUGGAGGGUUCUGAUUCGUAGGGCUCUGGACUCGUACCUGGAGAGCGGCGAGGAUGGGUUGUCAGCUGUGGCUCAGCUGGGUGUGACGGGAAAUCUCCAAAGACUGGUUCAGCACAGACUUAAAGAAGAUGGAGCGCUUCUGGUUCACCUGUGCACUGUGCCCUCAGAGAAGGGGCUGGACACGCAGAGCUUCAAAUGUGCAGGGUGUCCUCAGCAGAUCGGCCCGUCCCGUGGCAGAGCCCGGUUGUGUCACUUCUCAGGGCAGCACUACUGUGACUCCUGUCACCGUGGCGACACCACCAUCAUCCCGUCACGCAUGGUGCACAACUGGGACCUGACGAGACGAGAGGUGUCUAAGAAGGCCAUGCACCUGCUGGCUCAGGUGGGGCAGGAGCCUCUGCUGAACCUGGAGCAGCUGAACCCUGAGCUGGUGACGCAUUCAGAGUCCAUGUCUCAGGCCCACAGCCUGCGGCAGAGGCUCCGUCUGCUGGGCGACUACCUGCUCACCUGCCGCAGCGGAGCCUGCAAGAAACUCCAAGCCAGAAUGAAGCAGCGGACGUACUUGUUGGAGUCGAGCCAUCUAUACAGUGUCAUGGAUCUACGGCAGAUAGCGGAGGGCGAAUACGCAGCCUACCUGAUGACACUGUGCCAGUCCGCCUCCAACCACGUGUUCCACUGCGACCUGUGCACCCAGCGUGGCUUCAUCUGUCAGAUCUGCCGCACUGAUGACAUCAUCUUCCCCUUUCAGUUCGACAGCACCACCAGGUGUAAAGAUUGUAAGACCGUGUUCCACCUCACCUGCAAGGCUCCCGGGGACCCGUGUCCUCGCUGUCAGCGCAUGAGGAAAUACCUGGAGAGGGAUCUGCAGGACUGAGCGUCGCACAGAGCUUUAUUCAGCAAGCUAGAAGAACCCUGAUGUGCAAAAACAAAUGACAGAACACGAAAACAAAAUCUAGCUUUUACAUGAAGUAACCUCAAGUGCAAUUAUGAGUGCACCUCGGCUGCCGAGCAGACCUUGAACCUGAAGAGGAAGGUGUGAGAGUCGCGGUGCUGCAGUAGCUCGACUCUCUCUUGCACUAAUUCAUGAUGCUGACAUGACGCAGCCAAAUGUUACUGACCAGUGACUGUAAUACCUCGCUCACCUCUCAUUCAGCCACGGUAUCAAACGAAGGACUGGACACCAGUGAAGGUUGCUGCCAAGACGUUUUUACUCUGUUGGUCUUAUCGUGUCGUUAACCAUCAUGUUUACCAGAAACGCUCUGCAGCACAUUCAUGUUCUUGUAUUUAGACAUAACACAGCAGUGACGCUGGGUACUGUACAUGCAAAAUAUCUCAAACAGCACUUGAAAUGUUCUAAUAACACAUUUUUUGAUUGUGCCUUCUUUUUAAUUUAAAAAGUCAUAUUCAUAACAUUUUUAUGGAGACAAAUAUUUACAGAGCUCGUGGAAAGUCAUUCUGUUCUGUGAAAACAUAAAUACGAUUGUGUUAAAAACAACAGACACAAUCACCUGUCGCUUGUAGCCACUUUUAAUGUUGCUAACACUAGCUAGUAAGACUUAAUGUUGCUAAUGCUAGAUAGCCAAAGUUUACGUUGCUAACAUUAGCCGGCGAAAACUAAAGUAGCUGAUGUUAGGUGGCGAAAGUUCACGUUGCUAAUUCUAGCCAGCAAACAGUAAUGUUGCUAAAGCUAGCGAGCAAAAGUUGAAUGCUAGCUAAUGUUAAAGUUGCCAAAACACAGAAACACAGAUUCCACGUGACGUCAGACCCGACAAACACUUUUAAAUUAUUGAUUCACAAUCAUAAUAGAGGUUGUUUUUUUUUAAAUGAUUUGUUUGUAUAAAAAUGUUAUUACUGACCUUUAAGCUUUACACUAUUUUCCUCUUUCCUCUUGGUUUGUCUUUAAUUCAGGGGCAGAAAGCAUCAUGAAGGCGGUUUCUUUUCAUUUGCCAUGACUAAAGAUUAAUUAUGUUGCUGGUUUGUGUGAAGGCAUGAAAAAAACAAGCUGCCAAGAAGACUUUGUGGAAUGUUAAUACAUAUAUACAUAUAAAUCUUAAAAAGAGAUGUUGAUAUGUGUGAUUUGAACUAAAACUUGAGGGCAGAUUCAAAGUCAAACAUCCUUUUCGCUGCUGGUGUGGAGAGCGACGCUUGAUCAUAAACGUGUGGCAGAAACAUUAAAAACAUUUUGGGUAAAAUUACAGAUCCUGAAGUCAAAACAUAUAUUGCAUAUUUGCACGCAGCUACGACUGUUAAAUCGAUUUUUCUCCUGUAGCACAUGAAAUUUACACCUUAACUAACAAACAGUCUUGUAUUGCUGACAUUUUCUUUUCUCUUUUAGUUUCAUCUUUGAUCAUUUGUCUCUGAUGCUGAGUUGAACUCGCAGAAUUAACAUGUAACAAGGAAGAAAAGGUUUACUUAUCAUAUGCAGAACAUAUCACAUGCAACAGCUGUUAUUCCUGGUUUGUAUUUUUUUUUAUUGUCAUCUCAUUUAUUAUCUAUGAUGUGUAGAUAAAGAAUAUUAAAUAAAUGUCAGUGUGUCACUUCUGGAAUCUCUUCUGUUGUCGGCACAAUUUGGUUAUUGGACCAUUUAAUAUUA